AUUCCACUUUCAAAUUAUUCACUCGUCACUACACUUGCACUGAGUAUGUUUCACACAGAAGCGAAAUCUCUAAGCUGCUCCCUACCUUGGGUUUUUAGUCCAAAUUAAUGCAAACAAUCACGUGGGACCCAGCCAAGCAGUGACGUUCAAUUCUGCUCUGUCAGAGAGAACAUCUGUCAAGCCCAGAUAUAAACUGCUGCCUGCCUGUGCAGCAGCUGAGGAAGCGUGGAUUUCAUAUUACAGACUAAAACCCAGGAAAACUGCUGAAAAUCCUCCCCGCAGCUGUCAGGCAGCUACAAAGGGGAGCUCAGCCCGUCCUUCCCCAGCCCAGCCGAGCACUCCAUUCCGGCGCCAGCAGCUCCCACUGCAGGUCCGUGUGGUUCCCAGAAACAUGGACACUGAGGGGAGAACGCAGCUCUGCAUUGUCCGGCCGGGAAACCGGCAGGCAUAAGGAGCUUCCAUGCAUCGCCAGCUGCCAGGAAGAGUCAACACUGCUCCCAGCAGAACAGACGACUGCAGCUCUUUUGUUUAAAGCCAGAGAAAAUGAAAGAAAGGGGAAGCCUCCGAAGACCAGCACCCGUAUGAAGGAGGAGGGUGCCAGGAAGACAGGCAGACGGAUGGACACUCUGGACCCCGUGAAAAGCAGGCGCAGGCAGCAGACCACUGGGGAUGUGCGCAUGUUCGAGGGCAUCUUUCUGCUGAAGGGAUGGCGAGCCCAAAGUACGGUCAGUGGGCAUAACCCGGUCCACACGGAUGGCCUGACCAGGAAAGAAUGACCGCAAGGGAGGCCACGUGACGGAACAGACAUGCUGCCCAGAGAGCAGCCCUGAGCCAGCAGAGGCAGAACCGCGCGGCCUGCAGUCCCCCUCCCGUCCCGGGCGCCCGCACCAUGCUGCAGUGGAGGCGGCGGCACUGCUGCUGGGCCAAGCGGUCUCUGUGCCGGACCCACCUCAUCGGCGCCCUCUCCCUGGUGUUCCUCUUUGCCACGCUCUUGUUCUUCAGCCACCACGACUGGCUGCCAGGCCGAGCCGGGUUCAAAGAAAACCCCGUGACCUACACUUUCCGAGGAUUCCGUUCUACAAAAAGCGAGACGAACCACAGCUCUCUCCGGAACAUCUGGAAAGAAACAGUUCCUCAGACCCUGAGGCCCCAAACUGCAACCAACGCCAACAACACAGACCUGUCGCCACAAGGAGUUACGGGGCUGGAGAACACACUCAGUGCCAACGGGAGCAUCUACCGCGAAAAGGGUACCGGGCAUCCCAACCCGUACCACUUCAAGUAUAUCAUCAACGAACCUGACAAAUGCCAGGAGAAAAGCCCCUUUUUAAUCCUACUCAUAGCAGCAGAGCCUGGACAAAUAGAAGCUAGGAGAGCUAUUCGGCAAACCUGGGGAAACGAAAGUCUAGCCCCUGGAAUCCAAAUCACACGAAUUUUUUUGUUGGGCCUGAGUGUCAAGGUCAACGGCUUCCUUCAACGUGCGAUACUGGAAGAGAGCAGACAGUACCACGACAUCAUCCAACAGGAGUACUUAGACACAUACUACAACCUGACCAUCAAAACACUGAUGGGCAUGAACUGGGUCGCCACACACUGCCCACACAUUCCUUACGUCAUGAAAACCGACAGCGACAUGUUUGUCAACACUGAGUAUUUAAUACACAAGCUACUGAAGCCGGACCUGCCGCCCAGACGUAACUAUUUCACUGGGUACCUCAUGAGAGGGUACGCGCCCAACCGAAACAAAGACAGCAAGUGGUACAUGCCACCAGACCUCUACCCCAGCGAGCGCUACCCGGUCUUCUGCUCUGGGACUGGCUACGUCUUCUCCGGGGAUCUGGCCGAGAAGAUAUUUAAAGUUUCUUUAAGUAUCCGUCGCUUGCACUUGGAGGAUGUGUAUGUAGGGAUCUGUCUUGCCAAGCUGCGGAUUGACCCCGUGCCCCCUCCCAAUGAAUUUGUGUUCAAUCACUGGCGGGUUUCUUACUCGAGCUGUAAAUACAGCCACCUGAUUACCUCUCAUCAGUUCCAGCCCAGCGAACUGAUCAAGUACUGGAACCAUUUACAACAAAAUAAGCACAACGCUUGUGCCAACGCAGCCAAGGAAAAGGCAGGCAGGUAUCGCCACCGUAAACUGCACUAGAAAAGACAACUAGUUUUCCCAAAUGUGCAAUCUGUAAAAUAUUGCUAAGAGCAUGUAUAAUUAAGAUUGAUUACACCCAUAGGACAAGUUUUAGUUAAAACUCAUCACAUAAAAGAACUCCAAAAAUAUUUUUUUAAUUUCUGAAAAGGUAAUUCUUAAAAAUACAUUAUAGGACGAAAAGGCACCCUGAGAGGAUCUAGAGAAAAACUGUAUGCGGGGAUUCUGUGUGUUAACAUGCAAUAACAAGCAUGCACUCACCAGUGGCUCCAGUCUUACGUUAGGGGCCGACACGAUGUAUUUGCGUAUAUUUUCCACAUAAGUUUUUAUUUAAGAAAUGGAGACAGUCAAGAGACCCUUCAUUUUAGAUUCAGUUCUACAUGUCGAAAUAUAAUUAUAUGUAAAUAAAACAUCACUGUCAAUUUUAAGGAAACUUUGUAAUUGUGUGAAGGACAGAUUUUCUGGGGUUCUAAAAACUGUAUUCCGUGCAAUAAGAUUUAGUUGAGUUACUCCAAAAACACACUUAUGAAGUUCAGAUGUUUCAUCAAUCUGUUCUCAUCUAAGUACUUAUUUUUCAAAAACAAUUGAGAUACUCAUUUUCUUUUAAGACUCACAUAUAUCGAGGAAGUUAUUUUGAAAUGAUGUGAUAAAAUGUGAAAAAUCAAUGUGUCUCAGGCUCAAAUUUUUAUAAAAACAAAAAAUUAAAUGUUUCAAAACAGACAAACGUGCUCUCCCGUUGGUGCAAGGGCCACACUAGUAGUGUCUGAAGGAGCUAUCCCACUAGCUCGGGGACCGCACUCUGAAGGAGUACUCCACUUCACUUCAAGCGUAUCUGUAAAAUACAUCAUGUUCCUCACUGCAGCAGAAGUGAUGACUUACAGGCACAAAGAGAACGCGCUGCUAGAAACAGAUAAAGGGGAAAAGAGGGCAGCAGCAGCUUCAUUCAAUCCAUUUUUAAGAUGCAUGUCUGCCAACCGGCAACAUAUGGGAGGUUGAUUUCCUGGCAGCGGGAGUGCACACGCCGACAUUUAAUCACUUCUCGGCACCUACUUCUUCCCAAGUGCCAGUUUACAAAAACCUGCAGUUUUUAAUUUGGUAGAUGACGAAUAGUCUGCAUCUCCAGUAAAAAACCUUUCUGGGGGAGUGGGAGAAAACAACAAAUGUUUGGUGAACACUUGAUUCUAGGACAAACAAUGUAUUCAAUGCACUUUUAUCAAGUUUUUAAUAAAAAAGGUAAACAAAAAAUCUUUA